GCCUCUGGAGGACCACACUCGUUUCCUUUUUGGCAGCGAGAGGUCCCGCAGCCGUGGCUGAGCUGGAAGAAAGAUGGCGGCUGCCGUGCGACAGGAUUUGGCCCAGCUCAUGAAUUCAAGCGGCUCUCAUAAAGAUCUGGCGGGCAAAUAUCGUCAGAUUCUGGAAAAAGCCAUUCAGUUAUCUGGGACAGAACAACUAGAAGCAUUGAAAGCUUUUGUGGAAGCGAUGGUGAACGAGAACGUCAGCCUUGUGAUCUCACGGCAACUGCUAACAGAUUUCUGCACACACCUCCCCAACCUGCCAGACAGCACAGCCAAGGAGGUCUACCAUUUCACCUUGGAGAAGGUCCAGCCUCGGGUCAUCUCCUUUGAGGAGCAGGUGGCUUCCAUACGACAGCGUCUUGCAUCUAUUUAUGAGAAGGAAGAAGACUGGAGAAACGCAGCCCAAGUGUUGGUGGGGAUUCCUCUGGAGACAGGACAAAAACAGUACAACGUAGACUAUAAGCUGGAGACCUACCUGAAGAUCGCGAGGCUAUACCUGGAGGAUGACGACCCUGUCCAGGCUGAGGCUUACAUAAACCGAGCUUCCUUACUUCAGAAUGAAUCCACAAACGAACAGUUACAGAUACACUAUAAGGUUUGCUAUGCACGUGUCCUUGACUACAGAAGGAAGUUCAUUGAAGCCGCCCAAAGGUACAAUGAGCUCUCUUACAAGACAAUAGUGCACGAGAGUGAGAGACUGGAGGCCUUGAAGCACGCACUGCACUGCACCAUCCUAGCAUCGGCAGGACAGCAGCGCUCUCGGAUGCUGGCUACCCUUUUUAAGGAUGAAAGGUGCCAGCAACUGGCUGCUUAUGGGAUCCUGGAGAAAAUGUACCUAGACAGGAUCAUCAGAGGGAACCAGCUUCAAGAAUUUGCUGCAAUGCUGAUGCCUCACCAAAAAGCAACGACAGCUGAUGGUUCCAGCAUCUUGGACAGAGCUGUUAUUGAGCAUAAUUUGUUGUCAGCAAGCAAAUUAUAUAACAACAUCACCUUUGAGGAACUCGGAGCUCUUUUAGAGAUCCCUGCAGCUAAGGCAGAAAAGAUAGCAUCUCAGAUGAUAACAGAAGGACGCAUGAACGGAUUUAUUGACCAGAUCGAUGGGAUAGUUCAUUUUGAAACACGAGAAGCCCUGCCGACGUGGGACAAGCAGAUCCAAUCACUUUGUUUCCAAGUAAAUAACCUCCUGGAGAAGAUUAGUCAGACAGCCCCCGAGUGGACAGCGCAAGCCAUGGAGGCGCAGAUGGCCCAGUGAGUCCUGGAGCUCUGUGCACACUGCGUCUUUGCACUUUGUGCGGAUCGAUUCACUGCCCUCACAGCAUUUGCAUCGUGACCGUAGACAUCUCAGUCCUUUUUUGCCAGCUCCCACGUGAGGACGACGCAGGAGCAAGCAGUGCAGCCUUGAAGCAGUAGCUCCCGUGCCGCCUGGGUCUAUGUUGAGCUGACUCGGGUGUCUUGAAAGCUUGUUCUUUAAGUGGAGGUGAGCGAGCUGGGUAGUCAUGUAAAACUUCAGUGCUUUGUGCCUCUCCAGAUGUGGUUACUCUAAUAAACGGAGCGAUGAACCAGACGAA